AUGUCCCAAGUUGAAUAUAACAAAUUACAACAACUUGGAUUAACAGAAAUUCUACAAACUGUAUUUCAACCAAUAUUAAAAUCUCAAGAGGAUAUUAAAAAGAAAUUAGCUUUAGAAUAUAGACCUCCUAUAGAACCUCAUAAAGAUCACCCAGAACCGAAUCAAUAUGGUGAUUGUUUCACUGAAGCUGGAUUGGUGUCCGAAAAUGAUUAUUGUAAAGGAAAGAAUGAUUACAGUGAUGGUGGAAUUAUAUAUGGUUUAUAUUUAGCGCCAAAAGUUAAAUACAUUAUCAUUCUAAAUUCCGACGGUAUUCUAAAAGAAAAGAAAACGUUUAAGGGUUACUCUAAUGAUAAGAUAGCUGUAGAAGAUUAUAUUCGAUUAGCUAGUGGACAUGAAUUUAAGAAACCAUGGGAAAAAAGUUUCACCAAUGGAGUAGUUAUUCCAAAGGAUGAUGAUCAACAAAUGAAAGUUUUUCAGAAGUUAUCUAAAUCUCGUUAA